AAAGGCAAAGUGACGUCAGAGAACGGGUCUGUGAUAAAUCUGGAUAAGGUCAAAAAACCGGAAGUGACCCCAAGUACCAUAACACGGGAAUGACUGAAAACAACAGUUGAUGAAAGCUGCUUUGAAAAGGACGUUGAAACAGCCUGUCUGAGCAAUGGCAACUUCUGAUUCUAAUUCGAGCACAGAGGCAAAUAUUGAAGAAACGCUUAACAAUGUUUUAGAGGAAAAUGUGUUACAAACUCCACCGGCCAUUCCAUGGGACCCUCUCAGUUGUCGGGACUGGGACGCAGAAAAACCAACAGGACAGAGUAUUUUGCGCAUCAAAAGAGACAUCAUAACUAUCUACAAAGACCCACCUCCAGGAAUGUGUAUAGUGCCUGACAAGGAUGACAUUACUAAAGUUCAUGCACUGCUUACAGGGCCAUUUGACACCCCAUAUGAGGGAGGAUUUUUUUAUUUCCUUAUCCGUUGUCCUCCUGACUAUCCUAUCCAUCCUCCUCGUGUUCGUCUUAUGACCACAGGGGAUGGACUUGUCAGAUUCAACCCUAACCUCUACAAAAAUGGCAAAGUGUGCCUCAGCAUUCUGGGGACUUGGUCAGGUCCUGCAUGGAGCCCUGCCCAAUCGCUGGCCUCGGUCCUAAUCUCUAUACAGUCGGUGCUCAACGAAAAACCUUAUCACAAUGAGCCAGGAUUUGAGCGAGAGAGAAAUCCUGGAGAUGUCGCCCGCUAUAAUGAGAUCAUCCGCCAUGAGACUUUACGGGUUGCAGUUUGUGAUAUGUUGGAACACAAGUGUCCUUGUCCAGAAGCCCUUUAUGAAGUGAUGCAGAAAUCGUUCUCAACAUACUUUGACUACUAUGCAUCUAUAUGUCGUAGCAAUCAAAACCUUAAUGGGCAAACAAUGCAGGACCCAUUCGGUGAACGUCGAGGUACCUUUGACUACCAAUCUGUACUGACUAGGCUUGAGGCUCUCAAAGCUUCUCUUUGUCAUGAACCUCCAGAAGCUUCUGAUCCUGAAGACUCCUCAGAUUCAGAGACAGAAAUGUCAGCAAGUUGAUACUGACCUUUUAACAAAACUAUGGUUGGGGACUGGAAGGCAAACUGUGUGUGUGUGUUGUUGCAUGUACACUUCUUGUCUGUGUUUAUGUUUAGCAUUAGCUGGUGAAUAUUUGCAUAACCAUGUUUUUUAUUGGUACAAAUAUAAAUAUUUUAAGGAGGUGUUUACUUGGCUGCAGGUUUUACAUGGUUAAGAUUAUGUUUCUGAGUGUGCAUGCAUGUUUGUGUGCCUGUGUCUGCAUACAUGCAUAAGCUGAUGCACAAAGAUAAAACUGGCCAAUUCUGAUGUAGCACAUUACAGCUAGCAUGUGCUGCUUCAGAAAAUUAUUUUCCUGGAAUGUAAUGCAUAUUCCUCAAGACUACGAGCAUGUUGUUUUUGAAUUAUAAAGAUGCCUUUUUUUACAAGGAGAGUGGCUGAGAGUGUGAUGCUAUUUGUGAUUGACCACUGAUUACAUCAGAGAUGGUUAGACUGCUGCUAUUUAAGUAAUCUUAUGUGCUUUUAAUGGAACUAGUGAUAUUCUGAGAAUCGUUGAUUAAUGCAUGUUUGUAGUUUGAAAAAAAGUGCAAUGGUGUUCUUUGGCAAACACCUUCACAAAGUAAGGAGAACAUGGAUAAAGCUUUAGUAACUUUUGAUUCCAUUGACACUUGUGGCUUUAAAACACAAUGCCUUUGCUUUUUUGGCAUUUUCAACAAAGCUUCUAGAGCUGACUAAAAGAAAGAACAGGGUUCAGUGGCAAAAUGGGGGCCAUCUAUUUAUAUUCUAUAGCUUUAUCAGGUAGAGUUCAUGCAUUUUUGGGACACUGGUAAUAUAUAAAAAAUGAUCGGCAGCUUCAUGAUGACAGUUUAUCAGUGACAGGAGAAGUAUUUACAAUUCCUAAGGAUGGUGCUCUGACAACUUCCUCGGAUAAUUGACCAUUUCUAAUGGGGUAACUUGUUGCUUUCAGUUCAGCAAAGUGAAAGAGCCUGUACCAGCGCUAGUGUAGCUGUGGAGUACGACUGUUCCAGUGCUAGUGUAGAUGCUGAGUGCAAAGAGGAAGCUGCCUAAUCUAGUGACUUGAGACCUAACAGUGCUGUGUAUUAAAAGUGACUGCUUUUGUCUUCUGUUUGUACACCAACUUAUGUGGCAGUUUUGUCAUAUCUUGUAACCCAUGACCUAUACAUUGUCAUAGGUUUACAUGUUUUAUCAUGUACACUUUCAUGACCUUUGACAGACAUUACUGAUAUGGAUAAGCUUUCAUAUGUUUAAUAUGUGUUUUUUCCUUUGAGAGAGAUAUAUCUCAUGAUAUUCUUAAAUUAGAGCAAACAUGGAUAAUAUUUGCUUAUUGUUAAUGUUUAGGCAGGGGUAUGAUUUGAAAAUGAUGAAAGAUUCUUUCCUGUUCUGAGAUAUUAAGAUAUGGAAAUUUCUUCGGGGGGGCCACCUACAUGUGUUUGAUUCCAGCUUUGAACAGAAAUGAGUUGGUGCAAACAACUGGCGCAUAUAAGUCAUUAAGUAUGUCCACAGUGAGUUGCAGAAAUGUGGUCCUGUCUUAGAAAUCUUAACUUUGAUUGUACUUCUUGGAAAUAACAUAAAUAUCUUACAUUUUGUAAGCAUAAAUAAGACUUUUCUAAACGUUUAGAUUGUUUUCCAAUUUUACUAAUAGAGCUGGUGACACCCAUCCACCAGGCCACACUCGCCUGCAGAGAAGAUGUUCAAUUUUGCUCACAGAUUUUCUGCUAGACUGACUUGGACAGAUAGUCACUUCUGAUUUGUUAAGGUUAAAUGCCUGGUUAUGGCAACCGGGAGAAGUAUGUUUUGACUUGUAUGUAGUAUCUCUCAUUUACAAUUAUUUUUGAGCUGUUUCUGAUUGCACACUAUCAGAUUUAGGCUUUAAAAGACUUUCAAUGUCAUAAACACUUACAAGCGCGUCACUGGCAAAUUUUCGGUAAUUUUUUAAAAAGAUUUUUUUUCCAACCUCGGGUAUUAUUAUAUAAGUAAAUUCUGAUUUACUUGUACAUAUUUUCUUUAUCCUUGUUCUGGAGGCUUUGUAAUUUUUUUUCUCGCAGUUUUUCCUAAAGCUGUUCAAGUUUUCUGUUUAUUUGUGUGUUCAUGUGCGCGUGCGUGCGUCUUUUAGAUUUUCUCUCGUGCGGACCAGUUUAAUAUAUAUUUUUAAAAGACAGGAUUUCUUGUGGCUAGUUUUCUUCUUUGUAUUACAGCAUGUGAUUUUCUUACAGUCGUAUAUUUUCUGUGACUUUUAGAACAUUUUUUGGUUUUAAUUUUUGUGGCUUUAUUGAGGCUCUCCACUUGAUCGUGUUGAAGCAUUGUUAUACUCCAAUUUUUUCUUCAGAAUUUUUCUCACGAUUUCCAGUUCUCCCGUCAGUGGAAGUAACACUGACGUAACGUGAAGAAGAAGACUGGGAAUUCACUGUGAAAAGCGCUGGCAUACAUGUAUCUGGGCAGGACAGGAGAUACUGAAGACGCCGGCUGACCCCCGCGCUCACUUUAGGUGGAUGUGGAUGAAAAAGAAGAGGUCUUUGACAAGACAAAGCGUCCAAUAGUGCUCUGGAAAAUACGCGGAAAUGUAUCACAAACUGUAUUUCUCUUCGCCAGUAGAUAUUUGACUCUGUGCUGUGAUCGUGCUCAUGUGAUGGGAGUUUGUCUUGUGAAGCUUCACACCUACAGUUGCUAGACAAUGGGAGGAUAGCCCUUCCGUUAGGCACCUUCAUCCGCGUUUUCUCGUUUUCUGUUAUUUUCAGAUCUCCAGCUGACGAAGUAGGGAAUAAAUGCACACAUCUUCUCCACUGAGCUGUGAUGAGGUAGCUAAGGGGGUGAAUGGCGAUGGAAUGGUUCUAGGGCGUGAGAACAUAAUUUUAUCAUCGUUUUUUGGGGGGUGGGUGGUAGGGGAAUUAUUCACGGCGUGCUUUUUUUUUUUUUUUUUUUUUAAAGUCUAUGCUGUGAUCGUGCUUUUGUGAUGGGACAUCAGGGUUUUAACUUGUGAGAUUUUGGGUAAGCUACAACUUCGGAAAGUAUAUCAGAGCAGAAGCGAACGUCAGCAUUUUCUUUUGCCGCGGCAGCUGCAAACGGUCAACCGGAGACGACUCCUGCCGAACAAAAUAUCCGUUUGGCCUGUCCGCACCUCCAGUGCCUAGAGAAGGUGAUAGUGAUGACAGGGAUAUGAAAGAAUCAUGGCGUGUGUGUGCGCGCGCGCGCCGCUUCUGUUCUGAGCUAGUCUGUGACAUGUUCAAUGCCAGGUUGAAAGACUGGAAGGAGUUCUUUGAUUGGUGGUGUUUCACGCCAAAACUGCAACUGUAUCGCGAACUAACCAAUUCUGCUUAGAACGCCGCAUACAAAGACAAAGAACCUACAACCCUUGAUUCUCACCAUCUCACAAAAUGGAUACACAGCACCAGGCCACCCUGAAAAUAAUUUCCAAAAGAUAGACGAUUAAGGUGAACACGAAAUCAUUUUGCGUGCACCGCCUUCCCCCAGAUGGUCGCCGAAAGAUACUUUAAUGUUUUGGAGUAAACAUCAUGUCUUUAUGAGUUUGUUUUGGCAGAAAAUGACAAAUUCUGUUAUUACUGCGAUAUAUUGUUAUGAACGUUUCUUCCCGGAAGAUAUCUUGUUGGGAAACGACAAUGUGACCUUGCGAUAAUCAUUUUUAUGAUGCUACCUGUUAACUGUUCACGAUGUCAUCUGUAAGAUUACAAGUCAAAAUAAACAUCUUGAUUUCUUUC